GACAUUACAAUAAAUAAAUAAGCUGCUGUUUAAUUUCAGUCUUGGAUUUGUUAAUUUAAUAUAAUUACAGCAGGAUUGUUUUUCUGUGACUUAUGAUCUGUAAACAUCCGUCUCCUGCGCAUUUUUGUUUCAUCUUAAAAAGCACACUAAGGAUGAAACGUAACGUCUUUCGGAUGUGUAAACCUGAUGGAGUAAUACAGCAGUUUAAACACUACGCAUAAUAAUAUGCCCAAGACGUUGAUCGAGUUGAACGUGUUUCUACGGGCCGAAAAGUGUGUUAUUAACUGUUUUUUUAUUUCCAAAGAUUCGUGGGAUGUUUACAACACGUUUUUACAGAUAGAUAUUCAUUUAUUGAACAUUGUUUACGGAUGUAGCAAGUGCUUUACAUAAAUGAACAUGGUGAAGACAUCCACACCAAUCCACAUAAAGAGAGUACCCCAUAAGUCUCGAUGGAACAUUCAGGUACUCGUCUCAUAUGUUCUAGCAAUAUUUGCUUGUGUCUUGACCAAUGGUGGUGUAUUCGUGGCCUUUUACCGAUGGGAUUACCUUUGGUUAUUUGUAUCACUCGUAGGAAUAGUCCUUAUUCUAGUGGGCGCCAUCUUGAACUUUGCAGGUUCUAGAAUUACCAGUAAUAAAAAUCAAAGACCGAGAUCAGUGAAUGUGCAGCAACAGGCUGUAACUGGAGAUCCUUUCCCGCCUAAUACGUCACUAAGCAACCGCAACUCUUGUCGUCAAGCGGACAGAAACUCAAAUGUUCCUAUCUACGAAACUCUUUCAAGUAACGCUAAAAGAAGUUCACGUAUGUUAUCGUCAGCGCCACUCUUGAAUGUAAACGGCCAAAACUACCUUCUCUUAUCUAUCCCCAGCAAUAUGUCUGAAGCAGAAACACGGAGGUUAUCAAAUAGGCUUAGCACGGUUGUGCAAGUAGACUUCUCAGAUAUACUGAAGUAA